AGCAAGCCGUUUCUUUGCACCACGCGGUCAGACAACAACAAACGCGAGUUCGUUUCGAUCAAAAUUUGUGCGAAUUCCCAGCUGGUCAGUGACUAUAUAUUUAUGUCUUUUCGUGGCCGUGGUGGGGGCCGAGGUGGAGGCCGUGGUGGCGGCCGUGGGGGAGGCCGAGGAGGCGGGAGAGGUGGAGGAAGAGGAGGUUUUCAGCAGCGAGAUUUUGGGCCUCCUGAAUCUGUUAUAGGUAAGCUAGCAAAUAACUAUGAGUCAAGGUUCUCAAACUUGAGCUUAUAUGCAUGACUUUAGGCUUAAUACUCGUGAAUACGUCUUUCGUCUCAAUCGGGCCUCAUGAGGGGUCUUAUUGAAGACUUAAUGAAGAUCAAAUCAGGACAGAUAGAGCUGUGUAGUUUUUAUUCUAAAGAUGUUGCCCCAUGAUAUGAUUUACUUUUCUAUACCAUGAGUACAUAUACUAAUAGUUUAAGACCUUAAAAUAUGGGCCUGUAAUCCGUAGUUUCUCCUAAAGAGGAAUGUUAACAGUACGUAUACUGUUAACUUGGUGGCUCGUGAGUUUUUAAAUAACAAUGAUGAUAUAAGACAUAUAAGUAUAAGACAGACAGUUAAAAGUAUAAAAUUUAAAGAACAAGUUAAGGUAAAAUUUUAGUGGCUUGGUGGCAUGAUGGCUCGUCAGUCGAGGUUAGCCUUUUAGAGAACAAGAAAGAUAUAUAUUUUAAUGGCUCGACAGCUCAUCAGUCAGGACUGCCGAGCUGCCAAGUCACCCCAACAAAUAUACCUAGAAAAUUUACCCUGUAUUCUGUAGUUUAGCUCCUUCUUUUCUAAAUUGAGGGAUUGAUUGUUGAAGGCUCUGGGUGUUCAGAAUGCUUGUUCAGUGUGCGGUGUAAAUAAGCCUGUCAGUUGAAAUUUGGGAGCAACUACACAUGUAAGGACAAUUGUGCUUGAAAACAUUUUAGCAUGGCAUGGUUAAUUCUGUCGAUAAAUUAAUGGACUGUUGCAGGGUUGUCACAGUUCACAGGGAACUGCACAGCUAGGAAUUUUUUUUGGUUGUAUGUUCCAUUUUCUUCAUGUGGAAUUGUCCAGGGAACAUCAGCAUAGUAGCUUGGGUAGGCCCCUGGUCCCCAGCUAUUAGUGACAGCUAAGCUGCAGACUGGGACUCAGGGCCUUAAAAUAACUAAGGGUGCUUUUGGUAAUUGAGCGUAUUCUAGAAUAGGACUAUGCAAAAGUUUUGUUACAAAUCUCUUGUACUGUGAUUUUUGGAUCACUUAUAUUAAUGCUACAUACAUUGCAAUAUUUAUUUUAAGCAGAUUUACAGACAUUGCAACGCAAUGAAUAUCAAAACAAAUGGUUUGUAGACAUUUUUCCAUUUAUUCUUAUUUCAGAAUACUGUCAAUCGAACACGCACUAAGAAAUGAAGUUACUGCCAUUUGCCCUGCAAACAGCAAGGCUCUUGUCUAGCUCAAAUGACCCUGUAGUAUUGGUUGUGGGGUCGUGGAAAGAGAUGCAAAUACUGUUUCCUGAAUAAAAUUAGUACUUCCAUGCUUAAUACUACACUUUACUAAAGACGUUUUUCCUUUGACUAUCCUUCGUGCACAGAAUUAGGCCAAGUUCUUCACACCUGCGAGGGUGACCUAGUCUGCAAAUGCACCAAUGAGAAGAUUCCUUACUUCAAUGCUCCAGUUUAUUUAGAGAACAAGUCACAGAUUGGCAAAGUAGAUGACAUCUUUGGUCCAAUGACAGAUUUUGUAUCCUUGUAUUUUAAUAGAGAUAGAUGUAAUUUAUCACUUGAUCAUAGUCAGUGUGGCAACCUCUCCUUACUUAGUUGUUGGUGUAUUUGCUGCAGGUAAAUCCGGUUCUCAGGUUUAACCAGAGUUUCCUUUGUCUCUUAACAGCACAUUAUGGGGUAACAAUCAAAGCCUUGAUUUUCCUUCAAAUAUUUCACACACCAGAUGUUGUCUCCUAAGGACUUUUAGGGGUAGGAAACAAAGUAAAUUCUGAAUUAAACUAGUUUGAAUACUGGUUUAAACUUGAGAAUGGAUUUCCUAUGAGAUUAGGACCUAAGGGCUAUUGAAGGUUACCAGAUACCUUCAGGGUUGUCUCAAGUACAAGUGGUGUCAAGUGGAGAUACCUUAAACCUGCAGUGCCCGACACUAACUAUUUUGGACACUAGGCAAUGGGCUAGUAUGUGAAAGAAAUCACUAGCCCACAAAGACAGGCCACUGGCCCAAAAAAAAAAUGUUGUCCAAAAAAAAAAUGUGGGAUACAGAAAUUUCAUGACCCCUUAUCACUUCCAAACAGAAAUUGUCUGUUCCUAUGGCAAAUGCAGAUUUGCUAAUCUCUGAACACUGCUGUUUGAGGAUACACAAGUUCAUUCACAGUUCAUUUUUCCUUCAAUGAAUUGCAGCCAUGGGUAUGUUUUGUUCCAACUUGGUUGAAAACUUCUUGCGGGCUUUAAUAUCGCACUUCUUUUACUCUUCAUGCUGUGUUUGGUCCCCUGGUAAACAAUAAUAAUCUGCCUAGGAAUCAUUGGCCAUUGAAGGACUCUUUCUCAAAGAAAAGUUGUCAAAAAAAGCUUGAAAUCUUCCUUAUUCCUGCAUUGAAUUUGUGCAAAAAGAUUCCAAGAUGGUGGACCAAUGGUUGCUCUAACCCAGGUUCCUACUUUAUUGGGUGACAUGAAAGCCAGGACGUAUAAUGGCAUCUGUUUUGUGAGUCAUGGAUAGCAAGUCCUUUGGUUUACAUUUAAUACUCAAGCUUUAGAAACUUCUGAUGGAAGCCUUUUAGAAAAAGAACUUCCCAAGUUAUGAGUAACCCUAAGGAAAAGUUGCAAAGAAAACAUAUUUUUUCCAGCUAACUAACUGGUCUAGGGGCUAGGAGGAGCACAUUUUUACUAGCCCAGUAUGAAGUUAUUCACACUAGUCAUGGGCUAGUGGACUACUGUUAGUGUCAAGCACUGAACUGUAUAUUAAAUUUAAAGAGACAAUUUUUUAAAAUCUUGCACGGUUGAUUUUUCAUAAGUUUUUUAAUGGGAGCAUCUGAAUCAGCUGGUGUUUGGUAGCUACCUCUGCACAACAACCAUUUGAAAGCAAACAACUCACUUUACCUUACUCCCUUUUUAAUGAGAUACAAUGUAUAUUUUACAUGUGAAAUAACAUAGAUACUUCCUGAACUAGGUUCCUAUAAAUACAGUACUUUUCAGUGAAGGUUAACACAGACAUGAAAGCAGGAUCGUUUAAAAAAGAUCAGAAGGUAUGGUAAAUAGGUAUACCUUAGUAUAGAAAAUUAAAGCUCCAUGAAAUUAAGGUACGGGAAAUUAAUGCAACUUGAAUUAACGUGAAUUUACAAUGUAUUGAAACACAACUUUCAAAUAAAGGAAAUUAACGCGAAAGAGAGGGUAAUAUUUCAAAAUGAAGGAAAUCAACACGAGAGUGCGAUAAUAUAUAAUAAUAUCCUGCUGUUUGAAAGUAAGAAAUAUACAAGGCAUCAGCUAGUUCCAAAGGACUUAAUAACAUAAUGUGAUGCUACCUUACUAACACAAGCACCCAGAUGGGUCCAACAGUGGUCAUAUCAACAGUGCUCCACUGUGAAUGUAGUCUCAUGGAAUAUUUUUAAAUUACUUUUUAAGCUAUGGCCAACAAUGUUGAGAGUUGUUUCUUAAAGUUUGACUGGUUUCAAACUUUGCUCUACAACUCCCAACAACACGCAACAACAUGCAACAGGGUGUGCAAACGGACAUAACAUGUUAUGUUCCCUCAAUGUUGGGAGUUGUUGGCCAACAAUGUUGCAUCUGUUCACACAGGGCUUCAUGGCUGAGCUUAAAUAUGAGACAGGAGAAAAAAAUGUACUGUACAUCCACGGAUGUGAUGACUUGAUCAGUACAGAGAUGUGUGGACACAAAAUCAUACAUGUACAUGAGAUAGUUUAUAAUUGUGGCUUAAUUUUGGUAGCCAGCCACGAAUUUUCUCUUUAGUUAAUUUUGUGAUUCCUUCUCCACCAGUUUUUUAUUGAUCCAAUGAAGCUCCUACCUUUGGCCAGAUUUCUUCCAAAGCCUCCUGGACAAAAAGGUAAAUAUCGUGGUUAAAUUUUAUCCAACACUAGUACUUAACAGAAACAGUCAAUUCAAUGAACCUGUUUCCUGCAGUAACCACGCCAGGAUUAGCUCAGUUUGGUAGAGCACUUGACUGCAGAGCAGGAGGUCGCGGGUUCAAUUCCCAGGACCGGACCAGGGUCAGGGCCACACUCAGGGUCUUAAAAUGACUGAAAAAUGGAGGUACUGCCUAUGCCCUGCAAAUGGCCAGACCUUCGCAUGGCUCGGAUGACCACGUUAAAUGGCGUUCCCAUCUCCAAUGAGUGCUUUCGUGCUAAAUACAUUGACACUCAAAAAAAGUGCUUUUAUUUUUUUACAGUUGCCAACAGGGCCCUGUUGUUCAAAAGUUAGAUAGCACUAUCCACUGGAUAAGUGUCCAUGCGAUGGAUAGCACAAUUGGUUUCCCAAAUACUUUUCCACUGUACAGUGAUAUAGCCAGUGGAUAACCCGAUCCAACAUUUGAACUAUCAGGACCAGGUGUACAGAGUUGUUUGCGAGGAGAUUUUUUUUGUGCCAAGUUUACCAUAAACAAAUUUCCAAGGGUUCUAUUUAAAAAGUACAUGUUUGUUCUCUUAGAGAUUUCUUGAAAGACUUUUUAACAUAAGUCCAUUUAUUUACUUUGUAGGACCCCCAGGGGGUGUUGGCAGCAGAGGAAGAGGUAUUCUAUAUUCUUGUGUGUUUUGUGCCAGCAUCUCUACAUAGCAAACUUGAAUGAGAAGCGUACCUUUAUCCAUCCUAAUCCUGGUGAUCUUACAUUGGCAACCUUCUUCUUUUUUAACCUUUCCCUUCCAGAAGUGACCAAACUCAAAAUCCAACAAAAUUUCCAGAUUUCAUCGUGUUAAAAUGCUGAAAACCAUAUAGCACCUUUUGAAAGUGCUGCCGGAGAGGGUUUAUUUGAAUGGUUAUGUCACAGGAUUUUGUCCAUGGUCUCAAACGUUAGAACCACCUUUCAAGAAUCCAUCAUUCAAUAAGGGAGUGGAAGAGUUCAUCUCUCCACACGACAAAAUCACCAUCAAACUAUCCUUGAAACUGUCCUUUGAAUGUUAACAGAAUUCUAUGAUAUCACUAUUCCAUUUAGACCUCUUCUUGUGAACUUCUUGAUUGCAGUAUACAUGUGUAACUUUCAUUAACCUGUUAAUGUCAGAGGUCCUUGUCUGUUGUUGGUUGAAUUCUAGUGGCAGAUCCAGACCUUCAGAUAAGGGGGGAGGGGGCAGUCAUCCAGACCCUGCGAUAACGUGGCGGGGGGGGGGGGCAGUCUCAAAAAAAAAAUUUUUUAAAUGAGGGGAGCCCAGGUCCCCUGGGCCCUUCCCUGAAUCUGCCACUAGAAUUGACAUUAGCAGAUAUUUUGUAUACGGGAUAAAUUUAUUGUGUUUCUUGUUAUGAUUUCAGGUGGAGGCAGGGGUGGUCGCGGUGGUGGACGUGGCGGUUUUCGUGGGGGAGGAAGAGGUGGAGGUGGUGGUUUUCGUGGGGGAGGUAGAGGUGGAGGCGGUGGUUUUCGUGGGGGAGGUAGAGGUGGAGGCGGUGGUUCUCGAGGAGGUUUCAGAGGUGGUGGUGGAGGCUUUAGAGGUAUUAUAAAAUUUGUUAUUAAAUAA